AUGGAUAAAUUGGUUUUUAAAGAGUACACAAAACGUACGUUUGACAAAUUUUCAGUAUGGAACUCUUUCUUACGGACUGAGGAUGGAAGUCACGCAAAAUGCAAAUUAUGCAAAAGAAUUCCUCAAUGCUCAAAUACCACCACAUGCUUACACAAUCACUUGAAGAAACAACAUCCAAGUGUACCUGAUACAAGAAGAAAUAUUCGACAGAUUCCAGCGACUGCUACGCCUAUCACUCCCACAAAUGAGGUAGUACAAGAACAAGAUCAGCGGCCCAUGCCCAAGACAAAAAAAGUCAGAAUUGACGAUUACUAUCAGAACACCAAAGAAGAUAAUAUGGAAACUGUGAUUUCCAAAAUGACUGCGUGUGAUGGUCAACCAUUCAACGUUUUUUGCAAAUCAGAAUCUAUACGUAUGCUUUUUUUAAAAAGUGGAUACGAAGCUUUGCCGAAAUCUCCGAACACAAUUAAGAAGAUUGUUAUAGAAAAAAGUGACCAGUUAAAACAAGAACUGAGAAAAGAAAUGUCGGUUUUAAAAGCAAAAGGACAGAAAUUUUCCGUCUCUCUUGAUGAGUGGACAUCAGCUAGCAACCGGCGUUAUGUGAAUAUUAACAUUCACUGCCCUAAUUUCAAUGACAAUGACAAGCCUUUCAGAAACUUGGGAUUGGCAAGAAUUACAGGUAGAGGAACAUCGGAAACAUGUAAUCAUAUUUUGAGGGUUAAAUUAGGGUCCUACGAUCUAUUUUUAGAAGAUGACGUAGUAGGUGUAGUGACAGACGGUGCUAGCGUUAUGACUGCCAUGGGUCGUCAAAUACCUUCAUUUCACCAAUUAUGCCUCGCACAUGGAAUUCAGUGUGCAGUGGUGGAUGUCAUAUAUAAGAACUUAUAUAGUCAGAGUGUAGAAACUGUCGAAAAUUCAGAAGAAAUAGAUACAGAGGAGACAUUAUCUACAAUAGUAGAUUCAGAGGCAGAAGAAUCAGAAGAUGAAGAAACAGAUGAAAAUGACGAUGGACAAGGUUUUGUAGUUAGUAAUGCAGAAACCAGAAGUGAAUCCAGGCUUAAUGUCGAUUAUAAGGAUUUGAUUGUUAAAGUACGAAAGGUAGUGAAAUUUUUCAAAAAGUCUCCAACUAGGACAGAAGUUUUAAAUAAACAUGUCCUUGAAGAUAACAAAAGAGCGGGCCUGGUUUUAGAUUGCAAAACGCGGUGGAGCAGCAUGGCGGACAUGGUUUCAAAAUUUUUGCUUUUAAAGGAUGCAAUAUUAAAGGCACUGAUUGACUUGAAAGAAAAAACUAUGUUCAGUACCUACGAGCUUGAUCUUUUGCAGGAUUUAUCUACGACUCUCACUAUCGUCGAAGCUAUUUGCCAAGAAAAGGCGAAUUUAUUAACUGCGGUUACAGCCCUGCAAUUCAUGGUCACUAAACUACAGGAGAACAAUGGGGUUAUCAGUAGUAGACUCCUUCAGGCUUUAACGUUAAGAAUCGCUCAACGCCGACAAGCAGAUCUGGUAUGUACACUGAAGUAUUUACACAAUCCUAACAAAUACUACCAGGAACAAUCUUCUACUGUCUUCCCUAAAGUAGGAAAUGAUGUUAUCACCAAAGUCAUAGUUGACAUACAAAAAAAAUACUUUAAUCAAAGACCUUCAGCAAUAACUUAUACUGGCGCUUCUGAUGACGAAGACGACAUGUUUCUAGCAGAUCUACAGCAUUGUCAAAAUGAAGAAGCGUCUAGAAUCACAAAUAUGUCAAUAAAAGAACAGCUGCAGAAAAAAAUAGAUGAUGAAAUGUGUGCAAGGCCUUCUACGUCCACAGCAACUUGCGAAGAUGUAGAUCAUCUUAGAAUCAUCAAUAAAAAUGCAGAUGGCUUUAUAUGA